AGUACGAUUUAUUUCCAAUUGUCAGAACGCGCCGUCUUAGCAGAAGUUGCACACAAAAAUUACGCGCGAAAAUAGAACUGGGUUUAUGAGCAGUUCUUAUAUAUCUUACUCAGAUCUGUUCUGCUUACGCGCAUUACGUUGCGUUCUCUAUGCACGCAAAAUAACCUUUGCCUGCUCGUCACAAAGCUUUUCAUACGUAAUUAUAUAUAUAAAACAUAUAUAUACAUAUAUGUAGAAAAAAAGUGGGAUCCGGUUCAAUUAAUUUUGAAAAAAAAACAAUUAAAAGAUGUAUAAGAAUGUAACAAUGGCAUUUUUUACAUUGAAAUUCUUCUGUAAAAAAAAUAACGGAGGGACUCUCAGUUUCUCAUUUAUAUGUCGAGUUACGUUUAUUUGAUAAAAAUUGACAUUGCGCAAGACAGAGAUUAAAGUAAAGUUCAGAUGCUUUGAUACAGCGAAGGAGUUGAUGAAUUCUCUGAAUGGAGCGCGACUGACUUGCCUCGCAUUUGCUGGUGCAUUUAUAUAAAGGGCAAAACAAAUGUGUUGCACUUGAAACACACAGCUUGACGCAUAUGACGGGCCAUAUGGCUGUUCUUGGAGGAAUCCGUGCGUCUAUAAAUAGCCUGCAUACAUUUCAUCCCUUCGUCACUUCCAUGUACAGAAAAGACUAAGAGCUGCAUCAUAACUCGAGAAAUAUCACUUUUUUUUCUUCUAUUGAAGCAACAUUAAUACAGCCUUGGCCAAAAACAUUUGCCAUCUAUGUGAAACCUCAAUAACUUCAAAUUAUUUUACAUUCGGGUUAAAUAAGCAAUGCCAGUUGUUGGCUUUCAGUUUUUCUAUAACGAUUUAUGGUGUAAAAUCGAGUUUACUGCUGUAAACGUUUCGCGACUUGCCCUUGCGUGUUUAUGAUAUGACGCUUUGUUUAGAUUAUUCAGUUUAGCGUGCCGAUACGUAACAAUAUACAAAAUACUUGAUUAGAGUCGAAAGAAGUUACAUUGCUGAGAAUUGAAGGGGUGGCAAGUACUUUUGGUCAAGGCUGUACAUGUAUAAAUUCAGAGAUUGAUACGUGAAACAUAAUCGAUGUAAAAUUAUAGUAUUUUAAAGAGGGAGGGAAUUUGUAAAUAUUGAAAGUAUAAAACUCUCCAUGGAUGUCACGCACUUUAAUUAAUUCUUAUUUGACGAAAUUAAUGCGUGAAACAGUUUAAAAUAGAAGAUUUUAAAGAUACAUAUAUACAGGAAAUAUUAUAUUAUACAUUAUUUAAAGCUGAGAGUCAUAUUUAAGUAACGUAAAAUACAUAUCUAUCGUUCGUAACUAAUUGUAUUAACAGACAAUGAAGUAAAUGAGUGAAAUAAUUCCUUGACGUACGUUGGAACACAGAAUGCUGCGCUCUAUGUAGCUACCACUGACGAUUGAGUAUAAUUUAGUGUGACUGAUGAUUUCUCUCUCUACGGUCUCUCGGGGUCAUCGUGCAUGACCUGCGUUUUUCUUAUCUCGAUGGCAGUGCAUUCAAUUAGAAGCAGGAAAGAAGACCACUGUGUGUAGCUUACAGAAAUAGUGGGCACCUUUGUUCGCCAUCGUUACAUACGUUGUAGGUUCAUUGCUUUCGUAUUAUCUUCUCGAUCAGAUUUGAUAAGUGCCCGUCGCGUCAAAGGGACCACUCCGCUCGACCUGACGCCGCCGAGCAAAACAACGCGGUAGAUUAAAUCGGUUCCCUGGAGAAACAGCUCUAACAAGACAAUGAAACUGCCUGUUCUUCUAACGCUCUUGUGUUGCUCUUGCAUCGACGUCAGCUACACCCGGGAAAUAACACACGAAGACAUCAAGGAUGCUAUGUUGAGCUUGGUACAUAUGAUGCGAGAGAAUACGGAGAAGCUGGAGAGGCACGAGGCGAGAGAACGGCAGCUGGGCGAACAACUGAAAAAGACAAUAGCUAUCCUGACGAAGCGCGUGUCCGUCGUGGAUGGCCUGAAGCUGCAAUUGACCAAGAUGGAUGAGAGAGUCGCGGGAAUAGAACAUUUGAUCGCACAGAAAGAUGAGAGGGAGCGCAUACAGAUGCAAAAGACCGUGGACAGUCUGGAGGAUCUGGAGAAUCGCCUGGAAGGUUGGCUGACGAAUAUCGACAGUAAGAUAGCGGAGCUAAACAAUCGCGCCGAGGUGACGUCUGCCCCGAACGGCAAUCUUCCCGACGUUCUCACCAAGCUGAGUGGCAUGGAGAGUAAUUUGAUGGAAGAGGUUGCGAGAUUCAGGGAGGGUCUGCAUAAUAACGCGGCAAAGAUGAAUAAAGAGUCAGCAACGCUGAUGGAGAAGACGCACACAAUCUUCUCGGAGAUGCAAUAUGUAUCCACGAAGAUCGGGGACCUCGAGAAAUCGCUGGAAAAGUUAAGACAGGUGACUCAGAGCGUGCAGGAGAGACCGUCGGAGCGGCAAUUGGAUCUGUCGCCAGCUUUUGAGGAUCACGUCAGGACAUUGGUGCAAGUGCAAGAGCUGCUGGAGGGCACUUCUGACAGAUUACGAGAAUUACCUAGGAUAAACGAGAUGCAGGCGCUCCACAACGAGACGCAAGCUAUGUUACAGGAGGCUAAGCAUGCGUUGAACGAUAUCGUUACACGGGGCAUCGAUAAUAUCGGGGAUAAAAUAACGGAGGGCAAAGAAGAAACGAAGGAUUCGGUGGCGGCGUUACGAAUGGACCUGGCUAACAAUGCAGAACGCGUUAACCAGGAGCUACAGAAUCUGGAAAAGGGCCAGUCCGUGAUGAUUUCUAUGGCCGAUCAUGUGCUAGAUACGAAGAAGAGAGUGGAGUACGGCGUACAUCAGAUCCUGCUGGAAGUGGGCGAGUUGGUGAAGACCCAGGGUGUCAACAUUAACAGCACUCUGAGCCAGAGGUUCGACGGAAUCUCAAAUGAUAUCAUGGAUAACCAGAAUGGUGCCUUGGCGAACCUUACCAGCAAGAUGGAACAAGAAAUGGACAAAGUCUGGCGGCAGAUCAAUGUGAUGUACCAGCAAAUGACGGAAAGCGCUCGAGCUCUAGAUAAGCUGCAUCAACAGAAUGAAGCCUAUGUUAAUGGCACGACAUCUACCAUGGGUGGAAUGGAGAAUAAAGUAGGCGAGAUAACGAAACGCAUGACGGAGGUGGAUGAGAACUUGAACUACUUGCUCGGCCGCCUGUCCUUGGUCACGCAGGAAUUCAAUCAGAUUAAGACAGGAUUAGGGAACGCGUUGGAUAACAUCAAAGCUUCUUUCAAGGUGGUUCAGGAGAAGGCGUUGGAUCUGACUCAUCCGGGUCCCCAUCCACUACCGGACAACUAUAACAACCCGAUCGAAUCCGAGACCAGGAAGCCAGACGGUAAGCCUCCACCGGACUUGACGGGUUAGGCCAAUGUAUACUCCAAGAGAACCUUGAGUCAAUAGAUUCUCGAAGCAUUUUGAUCAAUUACGUUUAUCUGCUGAGAAAAUAUAAAAUAUCGCAAACACUGAAA